AUCCCGCUGCAUUCGAUUCGAAGAUCAUAGAUUAAGUGAUAGUGAUCUUUUCUGUGUUUGCUGUGGUGAUAAUAAUCUUGAUGCACAACAUGUAGAUUGGGAGGAAAAUUGUUGCCUAGAAAGACUUGGUUG